AUGGCUUCGGACAGGAUAGUCGACAAGAUUGCCGCUCUGCCCGAGGAUGGCACUUAUUUCUCGCUGGAAUUCUUUCCACCAAAGACGCAGCAGGGUUUCGCCAACCUCCACGCUCGUCUGUCUCGCAUGGCACAUUCGUUGCGCCCGCUCUUCGUCAAUGUAACAUGGGGAGCUGGCGGCAGCACUUCGACAAAGUCUCUGGCUCUGGCAGAAAUGACCCAGCGACAAUUGGGUCUUACCACGUGCUUGCAUCUGACUUGCACAAACAUGUCGCGCAAGCUCAUCGACGAGACUCUGGAACAGGCAAAAGCUUUGGGAAUCAGGAACAUUCUUGCCUUGAGAGGUGAUCCUCCGAGAAGCGACGAAUACAGGUCUAACGAGCUGGAGAACAAUGAUGAGGACGACAGCAACAGAGAGUUCACAUGGGCUGUUGACUUGGUACGAUACAUUCGCAAGGAAUACGGACACUACUUCUGCAUCGGCGUGGCUGCAUACCCCGAGGGCCACUCUGAUCAGUCCCACCCGGAGCAUCAGCACGCAAACUACGACCUGCCAUACCUGGUUGAAAAGGUCGAGGCCGGCGCCGAUUUCCUCAUGACCCAACUUUUCUACGACAUUCACGCAUACCAAGAUUACGAAAGACUACUAAGACAGCACGAGAGCGGCCUUUUCGAGUCCAUUCCCAUCAUUCCUGGUUUGAUGCCCAUCCAGAGCUACCAGAUUGUCAAGAGAACCACCAAAUUGAGCCACGCAAAUCUACCCAGCGAAGUCUCGGACAGACUGGAGCCCAUCAGAAACGAUGACGAGGCUGUCAAGCGUGCCGGUGUCGAUAUCCUGAGCGAGAUGGUUGAGACGCUAAAGAAGAGCCCGUCUCCCGGGCCCAAGGGAUUCCACUUCUACACACUCAAUCUAGAGAAGGCAGUCGCACACAUCGUAGAGCGAUGCAAGCUGAUAGGUGCAGUCAACGACACUGUCGCAGUCGAAGACGAUGACACACCGGUUGCGAACGGUAGCACUGACAAGAAAGCGAAAGCUCGUCGCAGAUCUUCCCUCGCCAACUCCGCACCUCAAAACCGCGUUGUCGUCGACAAGACUUCGAGGUCUGCGUCUCACAGUAGUGCGUCUUUCGAGGCGUUUGACGAUGAGGCGGGUGUACCGGGCGAGGACCCGCCGUCCCGCGCAGACGCACUAGCGAUUUCCGAAGGGGAAGGUGCUUUAGGACGCGAGGCGACAUGGGAUGAUUUCCCCAACGGUAGAUGGGGAGACGCUCGCAGUCCUGCGUAUGGUGAGAUUGAUGGUUACGGUGUCAGUUUGCAUGUCUCGAUCCCGAGUGCAUUGAAGCUUUGGGGCUACCCUGUCGACACCAAAGACAUUACAAGCAUCUUCGCGCGUCACGUAAGUGGUGACCUAGAUGCCAUUCCUUGGAGCGAGGAGGGUCUCAACCCCGAGACUGCGACUAUCAAGAACGAAUUGGCUGGUUUGAUCCAGAAGGGUUGGUGGACGGUCGCCUCCCAACCUGGAGUGAACGGCUUCCGUAGUGACCACGAAAUCUUUGGCUGGGGACCACCCAGUGGUUUUGUUUUCCAAAAGCCUUUUGUCGAAUUCUUCUGCUCACACGAAGACUGGGCACGACUACGUGCCAAGCUCGACAAGGACGACCAAGUAACAUACUUUGCUUGCAACAGCAAGGGCGAUUUCCAAGCAGCAGACGAGGAGAGUCUGAACCCGGUGACAUGGGGCUGCUUCACUGGUAAAGAAAUCGUCACGCCGACAAUGAUCGAAGCCGUCUCCUUCCGCGCCUGGGCCGAAGAAGCAUUUGGCAUCUGGACCGAAUGGCGCCACGUAUACCCACCUCGCUCACCGUCCGCCAACCUGCUGCGUGACAUCAGGGACAACUAUUGGCUGGUCAACAUUAUCCAUCACGACUUCACCGAAUCCAAUGGUCUAUGGAAGAUGCUUUUGGACGCGUAA